AGGCGGACCCACAGCCGCCGCCGCCGCGCGGAGUCAGUACACGAAGACGAUGGUCGUUCGUAUAGGAUUCCGACCGCGGCGCUUUAUUGUCAGUACGACGCACGUGGUGUGCGCUCGAACAGACGUUUCUCCGCCGCUGCUUUCGCCGCCGAACUAAAACUCUCGUCGGCGUGAAAAGUGUAAUUCAUUUGUUCGUUUCUAAAAAAAAUAUUUAAAACAAUCGUCCCGGUUUCUUCGCCGCCCGUGAUUUUUUAACGGAAAAAACGGUUUUAUUUUCGCGUUUUAGGACGUUCGCAUCGGCCGUUUCGUUGUAAUAUUAUUUACACUUUUUUUCAAUCACCUAGUACCUAUCUAUUAUACGCGUCGAUAUCGUUGGUUUGUUUUGUUCGUCGUUUAGUUUGUUUAUAUCGUGGUAAUUUUUCACCGUUUGGCCGGGGACGAGGAUAUCGGAGUAUAUAAUAAAUUAUAUAAACACGUGUCCACCGAAUGAGGGCGCAGUCCCGCUGCUGGCAACCAGACCGGCCCGCGUCGGUGACGGGCGGCCGACGGCUACGGCCGUCGUCACGUUGACGUCUCCGCGGUAUCCGGAUGUGGCCAAGCCGUCGCUCGUAUGCGGGUGAACCAAUGUCCUGUCUGCGGUGCAUGAGCAGGACGAGGACGACGAGGACGAGCGGCUGCAGCAGCACGCGUACGGCCACGGUCCACCAUCGCCGGUUGCGGUCAAGCAUCACCUAGGCACCACCCGCACAGCCAUCCACCGCCGCCGCGGCCACACGCAUGAUUUCCGCUUUGGACGUGGUCGCGUUCGGCAACGACAGCUCGCCGCUGACCGUCGCCGGCAACGACACGGCGGGCGGCGCCGCUUCCUCGCCCAACGACACGGCUGCCAACGGCGUCAUCCAGUUCCUCGACGACGAUCUGUCGUUCCCCGGCUACAUACGCACCACGUGCAUGGUGGUGUGCGUCAUCAUACUUGGCGUCGGCGUGGUCGGCAACAUGAUGGUGCCGAUCGUCAUACUCAAGUCCAAGGACAUGCGCAACUCGACCAACAUAUUCCUGAUGAACCUGAGCAUCGCCGACCUCAUGGUGCUGCUCAUAUGCACGCCCACCGUGUUUGUGGAGGUCAAUUCUAGACCGGAAACGUGGGUGCUUGGCGAGGAGCUAUGUAAAGCAGUGCCUUUCGUCGAGCUCACGGUAGCCCAUGCUUCCGUGCUGACCAUACUGGCCAUCAGCUUCGAGCGGUAUUACGCCAUUUGCGAACCUCUGCGAGCAGGUUACGUGUGCACCAAGACCAGAGCGAUGAUCAUCUGUCUGCUGGCCUGGGGACUGGCCGCGCUCUUCACUAGUCCGAUCACAAUGAUCUCGGAAUACACGCAAAUGGACUACAUCGACGGCACCAAGGUGCCCGUGUGCCUGACCAAGGCGAACACGUUCUGGCCGAUAGCGUUCUUCGUGGCCAUCAUCGGAGCGUUCUUCGUGGUACCGCUGUUCGUGCUGGUCGUCCUGUACACGGUGAUCGCCGCGCACCUGAUGGCCGACCCGGGCACCAGUUGCACGGACAGCGCGUGCAACCAGCGCGCCCGCCGGCAAGUGGUGCUCAUGCUGGCUACCGUGGUUCUGUCCUUCUUCGUGUGCUUGCUCCCGUUCCGCGUGUUCACCAUGUGGAUCAUCCUGGUGCCCGAGCACACGUUCCUGGACCUUGGCUUCAAGCACUACUACAUCAUACUGUACGCGUCCCGGAUCAUGGUCUACCUGAACUCGGCCGUCAACCCGAUCCUGUACAACCUGAUGUCCUCAAAGUUCCGACGCGGAUUCUGCAAGCUCUGCCGGUCCCGGUGUGGCGGCGUCGACGACGGUUACGACGGCUACGACGGCGGCGGCUCGGGCGGUUGCGGCGUAGUCGGGUGUGGCGGACGCCGACGCAGACGACGCGGGCGCCGCCGGGACGUGUUCCGACUUCGACCCACCGGCACGCUCACCACGACGCUGUCUCGGUCGUGUAGUGGACCGCCGACGCGCGGCAGUAACGGAACCGGAAACGGCAACGGAACCGGAAACGGUUCGGUUCGGCGGCACGUCGACGUCACCGCCGCCACCAACACGGCCGCGGCAGUAGUCACUGCUCUGUUCGGCCGUCACCACGGCGUGAAGACGCGUCUGCAGGUCGACGACGAUCAUCUGAAGGAGAGUUUUGUAUGACCGCCGCCGCCGCCGACAGCAGCUUUCCACAAACUAUAUACCUAUUUUUAUUAAUUCGUAUCGAUUCUUAAAUAUUGUAUUGAGAAUAUUAUCUUUUUUUUAAAACCCUAUCGAGUAUUUUAAAUUAUUGUAAACGAUAAGCUACCAUAUGUAUCAUAAGUAGGUAUGUGAUUGUACCACGAUUUGAGGUAGGUAGUAUAUUGUGAUUGCCCAUCGACCCAUGAUGAUAAGUUGCGGCCUGGCAGUCAAAUUAAAUAGACAGGAAAAUAACACGUAUUUCUCCCCACCACUCAGAAAACUCCCUGUGACACCUGUGAUGGCACGGUUUAAGUUAAGCAAUUAUCGAAGAUAUUAUUAUCCCAGAGAUAAUGUCAACAUAAUACAUUAUAUAAUAUCCAUUUUGAUAAGAACUUUCAUACUAUAGUAACUACAGUAUACAGUGUUAGUGUGUUACUCACUCGUCGGUCCCGAGCCAUAUUUAGUGGUUCGAUAAGCUCCUUAUCACGAAAAAUAUAAAUUUGUCAGAAAUGGCUCACUUCCCGUCCUUGUCACACAAUGGACCAUCCGUAACGUGACGUGUCAAGCUUUUUGGUUUCAGUGCGUUGGACAUCUCAUCAUCAUUAGCCAAUGGGCAACCAAACCAUUUUUAAAUCUAUUAUUAUUAUGUUUAUAUUAUAAAUUUACUUGUAAUAAUAUUUAGUUAUUGUCGUUGUAGCUCGGCCGCACGAUUGUCUCGUCCCGACAUCGAAUCGCAUCUCUAGUCGAAUCGUCGUUAUCGUAUUAUUAUUAUUAUUUGUUAUUAAAUAGCAUUUAGUCUUUUUGAUUUUUUACUCGUUCGUUUUUAUUUAAUUUUAAUAAGUGUACGACUUUACGCGGGGUUCAUUGGACCGUUGCACACGCUACGUGUAUUUAUUUAGGUACUUAUCUAUAUAAUACGUUUCGAAAUUUGACUAACGCCAUUUUCGUGGACAUUAAAACCGUUUUACUAAAUCUCAAAAUUACUGUCGUUAUGAUAAUAAUAUAUGUUACAUACAAGUUCGCAAUGUUAAAGUCGGAACCGUCGAGACUUAACGAUUAUAGGUACAUACAAGCACGUAAUGUCGCAUUGUUGCGGUGCUCGUCGUUAGCUGAAAGUUUUAUCCGAUAACAAAAUAAUAAAAGUAUAAAGGUCCAAUCGCGGUGCUCGUUCGCCUGCCAAAUCGGGAACGGUACAAUAUAAAGCGUAACCCCCCCCCCCCCCCCGGCUGUGUCCCUGUCUAAAAAUACCCAAAGACAUGCAGCAAUAGAAUAUUAUAUUUAACGGCUAAGGGACAUUUGAAUAAUUCUAAUUUCAAAAAAUCAACAUUAUGAUUCGAUUAAAGUCUAAUGUUUGCGUUUUUUUUUAUAUAGUUGAAAUAAAUCAAAAAUUCCACAAAUAUUAUAAUAACCCCGUGGAUCUCUAUAUAAUUUCAUUAGACAUUUUCGAAAAUCGCGUUUCAAUAGUUUCUCCUAUAUGAUGACUCUUCUGGAAAAAGUCCACUCCCCGCAUUCAAUUUAAGUCUUACAAUAGCCUAUAAGUAUAUAACAUAUUUAAAUGAAUCUGUCGUAAGUGUAUAUAUGUGCAUGGUCGUUCAAACAUAUUUCUGCGAGUAAAAAAUAUAUUAUUAUUAUACAUUUAUACGCAUCCUUUCGACGAACAAUAUUAUUAUAUAUUGUAUUAUAUUCAUAAUGAUAUAUUCAAAAAAUGAAGAGAAAACUUGGUCUUAAACAAUAAUAUAAUAUUAUUAUUAUUAUCAUCAUCAUAAUAUUCCAAGCAGUAUUUACGAAUAAGCACGAAAAUAAAAUAUAUAUAAACAGCCAGGCGCGGCCUUCGAACUCCUUCGCUAUCGGUCGUAGAAUUUUUUUUUUACUUUGAUAUUUCAUAACCUAAAUUUUUUGAUUUAUCGUGCGACAAUAAGUACGACACGCGUGUCUGCCUCAUAUUAUAAUAUAUAUAUUUAUAUAUAUUAUGUGUCCACGUAUGGUAACUGCUGCUGCGUCCAAAAACUUUUCAGCACUUUCGAUCUUCAAACGCACCGUAAAAAUAAUAACAACAACAAUGAUAUAUAAGUACGAAAGAAAAUUUAUGUAUUCACUCGCCUGGAAAAUUUCUUUCAUGAUAAACAAUUUUUAUUUUAAAGAUUUUUUCGGAUAUAAAUAAUACUUUUCAAUGUACGCUAAAAUGUUUAUACCAUACAUUUGCCAAUGGUGGAAAUCGGAAGCGAUUCAAUAGCUUUUAAAUUUAAAAAAAAUUAUUGAACACGACCUUUUCUCUAAAAUAUUCAUAAAAAGUACUAUGCAAUAUUUCCUUAGUUAUAGUGGUAGGUAAAUAUCUAGACUGGAAAAAAAUGCCAUCAUUCAGAUUCAUAAAAAUUACAUCAACUACAAUUUAAAUAAAUGCAUUUUAUUAGAGAGAAAAUCGGGGGGGGGGGGGCGUGCAUGCUUGAAUAAUCGACCUGAUAAUAUCUAAAUCGUAUGAACCGAAGCAUCACUACCGCCACCGGCUGAGCCCUAUGCUGACAGUGUAUAAUAAUAUCGAACAUCAGCUCCUGUCUUGGAGUGUUAUACUAAUUUUAUUCCGCCGGCCGCAGUAACUCUAUAUAAAUUCAAUUAAAAGGCCAUACCUAUGUAUAGCAGCAAAUUAUAAUUUACAUGUAUACUAUUACAACAUCACUCGUCGUUAUUUGUUAUGCCAGCGGCGAGCACUUGUAAAUUGUUUAAUUAUAAUGAAACGCGUGCCGUUUUGUCUUCGCGCGUUUUAAUAAUUAUUUGUUUCGCUUAUCGCGUGUUUUUUACCUACCCGCACAAAGUCGAACACAAACACCCACCUCGUUUGCAAAACACGCACCGCACUCAUAAAAUAUAAUAUGUAUUAUUACAUAUUAUAAACCUAGCUAUAUAAUAAUAAUAUUGGGUAACUGCCCCUCUAAACGUCUAAACGUUCAACGAUUGAAAACGCAUUACGGUCGGUCAUGCACAUUUUUUUGCCUUCGUAUAAUAUAAUAUAAUAUAAAUAAAUAAAUUAUAAUAAUCGUAUUUUCGCGCGAAACUAUUAUUAUAUUACCCAAGUCCGUUCACUAAACGAUGUCCGCGUACGACGUCUUCCCGUCAAUCGAUGAGACCGAAAUAUUAUGCGACGGUCGCGUUUUGUGGGCCUACUCGACAUUCCUAUACAGCUAAAUAGUAAAUUAUGUACAUAAUAUAAUAUAAUAAGCGAACGACGACUGGUCUUCCUCUCGCACACAAUGUAUUAUACGAUUGUAAGACGUACAUUUGUUGAUUUUAUAGUAGGUAAAUAUUUUAUAUUUGUCCUUAAGGUGCGAUUUCUGAUAGUACGACAAACUUAUCACUAUGGCCCGGGUUUAAGUGAUCUAAAAACUUUUUUUAAAUGCUUUGAAAAAUAACCAAAUAUUCCAAAAAAAUAUUCCUUUACAACACAAUAACAAUGCCCUUAAAAUAUGACUCGAAUCUUUUUGAUAUAGGCACGCAAGCGAUAAUAAGUUGACGCCCGGCGGUUAAACUUUCAGCAUUUUUAUUACUUCUUUGAUUCAAUAAUCAAGCUGACAAUAAUACAAAAA